AUGGCUGCAAUCAGAAAAAAGCUGGUAAUCGUGGGUGACGGAGCUUGCGGAAAGACUUGCCUGUUGAUUGUCUUCAGCAAGGAUCAAUUCCCAGAUGUGUAUGUGCCAACAGUCUUCGAGAAUUACGUAGCUGACAUAGAAGUCGACGGAAAACAGGUAGAAUUGGCGUUAUGGGAUACUGCCGGUCAAGAAGAUUACGAUCGUCUCCGUCCACUUUCUUAUCCCGACACUGACGUCAUAUUGAUGUGCUUCAGCAUUGAUUCACCUGAUUCAUUGGAGAAUAUACCUGAAAAGUGGACGCCAGAAGUGAGUCCAUGA